GGGACUUCUCUGUUGUUUUCUGUUGAGGAAAAAUACAUCAUGUACAGUCACUUAUCUAUCACGCAGCGUCGAAGUUGGGGUUAAGUUGCACAUACCAGGCAGUUUUGCACAAAUUAACGUUACUGUCUGCCUGCGACGUGGACAGAUUGUCGGUUAUUGACAAGGGAAAAGCUCUGUGCUGGUAGAUUUCUGGUAGUUAACAUUAGCGGUUCCUCCAGCAUAGUGUCUCGAUUACGAGGCCUUGCAAAGCUACUGGAGGAGGAUAGUUUUCUUCGUAUCUGACGGCUCACCUAGCUGUUUUACAACUGAAAGAACAUGGACACAUUCAACUAUGUCUACAGUUGUGACUUGGACAUCAACGUCCAACUGAAAAUUGGUAGCCUGGAGGGCCGUCGGGAGAGGAAGAGCUAUAAGGCUUUGCUGGAGGACCCCAUGUUACGCUUCUCUGGCCUCUACCAGGAGAGCUGCUCUGACCUGUACGUCACCUGUCAGGUGUUUGCAGAGGGAAAACCUCUCGCCCUGCCUGUACGCACCUCGUACAAGGCCUUCAGCACACGAUGGAACUGGAACGAGUGGCUGCGACUGCCCCUGAAGUACCCUGACCUCCCUCAGAGUGCGCAGGUGGCGUUGACCGUGUGGGACGUCUAUGGACCUGGCAGAGCCACACCCGUAGGGGGCACCACUGUCACCUUAUUUGGCAAACAUGGAAUGUUCCGGCAGGGCAUGCACGACUUAAAGGUGUGGCCUGGCGUAGAGGGGGAUGGGGCUGACCCGAGCUCUACCCCCGGCCGCACCAGCAGUUCCUUGGCUGAGGACCAGAUGGGCCGCCUUGCCAAGUUGACGAAGGCCCAUAGGCAAGGUCACAUGGUUAAAGUGGAUUGGCUGGAUCGGCUGACCUUCCGAGAGAUAGAGAUGAUCAAUGAGAGUGAGAAGCGCAGCUCCAACUUUAUGUACCUGAUGGUGGAGUUUCCCAGGGUGAAGACUGGGGAGAGAGAGCACAGCAUCGUCUACUAUGAGAAGGAUGGGGAUGAUGCCACCCCUCAUCUCAGCAGCUCCGAUAUUGUCAAAGUGCCAGACCCCCAGAUGUGCAUGGAGAAUCUGGUGGAGAGUAAGCACCAUAAACUGGCUCGUAGCUUGAGGAGUGGACCCUCUGAUCAUGACUUGAAGCCCAACGCAGCUACAAGAGACCAGCUAAAUAUCAUCGUCAGCUAUCCCCCAACCAAGUUGUUGAACUCUGAGGAGCAGGACUUGGUGUGGAAGUUUCGCUACUACCUCACCACUCAGGAGAAGGCCCUGACUAAGUUCCUGAAGUGUGUGAACUGGGCGCUGCCCCAGGAGGCUAAGCAGGCGCUGGAGCUGCUGGGGAAGUGGAGGCCCAUGGACGUGGAGGACUCGCUGGAGCUGCUCUCCUCCCACUUCACCAACACCACCGUCCGGCGCUACGCCGUGGCCCGUCUGGAGCAGGCCGACGACGAGGACCUGCUGAUGUACCUGCUGCAGCUGGUGCAGGCGCUCAAGUACGAGAGCUACACAGACAUCAUCAGUGGCCUGGAGCCCAGCAGCAAGAGGGACAGCCAGGGAGGCAUGGGAGAGAGCACCACGCUGGGAGACCUGGACAGUUCACAGGCCUCCGCACCAGCUGCUCCCAGCACACAGAGAGGGAAGGAUGGAGCAGACGGAGAGAACCUGGAGCAGGACUUGUGUACAUUCCUCAUCUCACGAGCCUGUAAGAACUCCACACUGGCAAACUAUCUGUACUGGUAUGUGAUCGUGGAGUGUGAAGAUCAGGACACACAGCAGAGGGAUCCAAAGACCCAUGACAUGUACCUGAGCGUCAUGAGGAGAUUCAGCCAGGCUCUGCUCAAGGGGGAUAAGAGUGUGCGGGUGAUGCGCUCUCUGUUGGCCGCUCAGCAGACCUUUGUGGACAGAUUGGUGCAGCUCAUGAAAGCUGUGCAGAGAGAGAGUGGCAACCGCAAGAAAAAGACGGAGCGACUGCAGGCUCUGCUGGCUGAUAAUGAGAAGGUGAACCUGUCUGAGAUUGAGCCCAUUCCCCUGCCUCUCGAGCCCCAGGUCCGCAUCAAGGGCAUCAUACCAGAGACAGCCACCCUCUUUAAGAGUGCCCUGAUGCCCGCUAAGCUGAUCUUUAAGGCCGAGGACGGAGGCUUGUACCCCGUCAUCUUCAAACAUGGAGACGACCUCAGACAAGACCAGCUCAUCCUGCAGAUCAUAUCACUAAUGGACAAGCUGUUACGGAAAGAAAAUCUGGAUUUGAAGUUAACUCCAUACAAAGUCUUGGCCACUAGCACAAAGCAUGGGUUUAUGCAGUUUGUCCAGUCGGUACCUGUGGCUGAGGUGCUGGCUACUGAAGGAAAUAUUCAGAGCUUCUUCAGGAAGCAUGCACCAAGUGAUAAGGGGCCUUAUGGCAUCAGCUCAGAAGUCAUGGACACAUAUGUCAAGAGUUGUGCGGGCUACUGUGUGAUUACCUACAUCCUGGGUGUGGGAGACAGACACUUGGACAACCUGCUGCUCACUAAAACAGGGAAGCUGUUCCACAUUGACUUUGGCUACAUCCUGGGUCGUGACCCCAAGCCCCUGCCCCCUCCCAUGAAGCUGAGUAAGGAGAUGGUGGAGGGCAUGGGAGGCAUGCAGAGCGAACAGUACCAGGAGUUCAGGAAGCAGUGCUACACCGCCUUCUUACACCUGCGCAGAUACUCCAACCUGAUCCUGAAUCUGUUCUCUCUCAUGGUGGACGCUAACAUCCCUGACAUUGCCCUUGAGCCCGACAAGACUGUGAGAAAAGUUCAAGACAAGUUCCGAUUGGACCUUUCUGACGAGGAGGCCGUGCACUACAUGCAGAGCUUGAUUGACGAGAGUGUGGGCGCACUGUUUGCAGCAGUGGUCGAGCAGAUUCACAAAUUUGCCCAGUACUGGCGUAGAUGAGCUGGACUCCGCCCUCAUUGGGACUAAUUGACAGCUGCGUCCAUAGCAACAGAAGAACGUACUGCAAUCAUGAGCGAGCGGACGAAAGAGAGGAAGACGGCAAAGGAGAGCCACCGUGCCAAGAUCCGAUGAAGAAGUGUGCACUGCCAACUUGAACCUGAGGAUAUCUCCCGGCCUCUCUCUUUCUCCCACACACAUAUAUAUAUACAUACACUAACAGUGCCCUGACUGCUUCUGAGUGUUUUUGUACAUAGGAUACAUUUGUAAUAUAAAAAACCUGUAUGAAACUGUUUAUGCACAAAGAACAGCCAAAUAAAAAGACUGUGGAGACAAA